AUGGAUCCCUCCCCACGCCAUCUAGCCAACGAUUCUAACAACUCGCUCCAUUUGUUGUGUAUGCUGUUCCCAGAGCAACAACAAAAAUAAAUCACCCCCGAACUACCCGCUCACGAUGAGGCGUGGAUCAUCAGGGCGUGGCGGUCUGUACGCCAGUUUUGUCUCCUCCUCCUCCUCCUCGUCGUCGUCAUCGCGACCGUCGUCGACCUCAGAUUCGCUGAAUCGACCUUAUCGAGGGGCGGAAAUCCCGCCGCCGUCCAAUUUGAGCUCAUCAGCACGACGAGGAGGUGGAUUCCCGCCCCCAGCCUGCCUAGAUUCACGGGCUGGUCCUGCGGCUAGUAGCGGUCUGUCCGUCCAAGACCGCGCUAGUUUCAACAACCCAACCCCAGGCAUCAGUAAACACGGAUACUCGUCGAUAUCGUCAAUCAAUGCGUCUCAUUUGAGUUGGCAAGAGACGCCCAUUAAAAAGCAACGCACCGAAGAAGAGUACUUCAACGACGAUGAUGAAGAAGACCUAUCCGCCAAGAAGCGCAAGAGUCAAUCCGAUGAGAUGGACUUACCUUACCAACCCGCUCCCGGAUCGCCCGGAGCGGCAGCCGCUAAAGAGGAGUCCGAUUCCGAAGAAGACCCCUUGGACGCCUUCAUGGCCAAUCUAGAGCAGGAUGUCAAGAAACGCGGCUUGAACAAGGUCGAGGCUUCGGUCACGGCUUCUUCCACGGCCACGAAGAAACCCAAAGAGAUGAAAGGCACGCGCGUCGACAUUGAAGAGGCUGACGAUGAGGAGUCCUAUUACAAAUGGCUGGAAGACAAUCCCAAUGCCGGUCGCGGGCCCGAAGACGAGGACCUGGCCGUUGAAUAUGACGCCGAUGGGAACCCGAUCAACCCGCCCCAUAGCAAAUAUAUCGACCCGCUCCCACCCAUCGAUCACCAUGCCAUCAAAUACGAACCCUUCGAGAAGAACUUCUACAACGAGCAUCCGGACAUCGCCUCCCUCAGUAUCAUCCAAGUCCUGGACUUGCAGCAAAAACUCGGUCUCAACAUCUCGGGAGCCAUUCCGCCCAAACCCGUGACGAGUUUCGGCCAUUUCGGAUUCGACGAGCCGCUCAUGAAGGCCAUUCGCAAGUCUGAAUUCACUCAGCCCACGCCCAUCCAGGCCCAAGGCAUCCCGGCCCUCCUCUCUGGACGGGACGUGAUCGGGAUCGCUAAGACGGGCUCGGGUAAGACGGCCGCGUUCCUCUGGCCCAUGUUGGUCCACAUCAUGGAUCAACCUCGGCUGAGCAGAGGUCAUGGUCCCAUUGGUCUGAUCUUGGUUCCCACGCGAGAAUUGGCCACUCAAAUCUAUUCGGAGGCCAAGAAGUUCGGCAAGGUCUACGAUUUGAAAGUGGUAUGCGCUUAUGGAGGCGGUUCGAAAUGGGAGCAAUCCAAGGAUUUUGAAUCGGGGGCGGAGAUCGCGAUUGCCACUCCCGGUCGGAUGAUCGACUUGAUCAAGAUGAAGGUUACGAACCUGGAGCGAGUGACCUAUUUGAUCUUGGAUGAGGCGGAUCGGAUGUUCGACAUGGGCUUUGAGACUCAGGUGCGGUCGAUUUGCGAUCAUGUUCGACCCAAUCGCCAAUGCGGAUUGUUCAGUGCCACCUUCAAGAAGCGAAUCGAGCGGUUGGCCCGGGAUUCGCUGUCCGAUCCGAUCAAGAUCGUGCAAGGAUCCAUUGGUGAGGCCUCCGAGGAUGUGAAGCAAAUCGUGAAAGUCAUGGAAGUGGGCGGGUUCAAAUGGAAUUGGCUGCUCAAUAACCUGGUGGAGUUCACUUCUACCGGCUCGGUAUUGAUAUUCGUGACAAAGAAGCAGAAUUGCGAAGAGUUGGCGCACAAUUUGCACCUGAAACAGAUCGAAUGUCGAUGCAUUCACGGGGAUCUUCACCAAUCCGAACGUAACGAGAUCAUUCAGAAGUUCAAAAAGAAGGAAUUCGAUAUCCUAGUGGCCACCGACGUGGCAGCUCGAGGCUUAGACAUUUCCCACAUCCGUACCGUGGUCAACUUUGACGUGGCCCGAGAUAUCGAUACCCACACCCACCGAGUGGGCCGGACCGGUCGAGCCGGCAUCAAAGGCAAAGCAUACACCCUCAUCACCGAGAAAGACAAGGAAUUCGCCGGACACAUUGUCCGAAAUCUCGAGGCUGCCAAUCAGGAUGUGUCCAAGGAUCUCAUGGACUUGGCCAUGAAGAGCUCUUGGUUCCGCAAUUCCCGGUUCAAACGCGGUCGAGGUAAAGGUUGUCAGGUGGAUCGACCCGGUUUGGGCAUGGGCUCGUCUUCGUCGUCUUCUUCUUCGACUUUGUCAUCCUUCCCCGCCCUCGGUCAUGAGCAGUACGCCUACGGAGACUCAUCCGCCCCCAAAGAAGUGACUGCUUCGGGUGAGAGUCGGAUAUCGGGCUUGAAGAUGGCCUUUAAGCAUCAGUACAUGUCCAAAUUCCAAAAGGCAUCCAAUAGUGAGGAGAGCGAUAUCGGUCCCGCCGGGGUCCACCCCUCCAUUCAAGAGCAAAUGAUGCCCCCGCCCCCGGGCAUAGGCUCGCCCCUAGCCCCCCAGCCUCAGCCCCCGCCAUCUUCGAUGGGCUCGACGAAUGAUGCUCCUCGAGAACGAAAAAGAAAGUCUCGAUGGGAAUGACGAGUAUCUAUCAAAUUGUGUAUUGGUUCAAGCGAAGAAAAAUACUAAUAUGAUUGAUUCAUUGUUCCGGUUGGACAUAAUACAUGACAUGGAUGAUUCA